UGCCUACCAAAGUCUAAUCUUUAUGUGUAAAUCAUGUGAGUCUAGAGUUUGUUGUACCUCCUGAACUUUUAACUUGGCAAAGUAAUUUCUUUUUAGGCUGCAGCAAGAAACAACCAGCAGAUAAGCAUGGAACAGAGGAACUCUCCAGUAGAUGAUUUCUCCCUCAAUGUAUUUUCUGUUACCCCGUUCACAAACAACCAGCCGGAUGUUCAAGCCUCGGAAGGUGAUAAAGCUGGAGCCACCUUGCUUUUCUCUGGAAUGUUUUUGGGACUGGUUGGAAUCACAUUUACUGCAAUGGGAUGGAUCAGGCGUGAUGACAACCAUAGAUUUGAGUGGACCCAGUUGUUGGGGCCUAUUCUAUUAUCAGUAGGUGUGACCUUUGCACUGAUAUCAGUAUGCAAGUUUAAACUGCUGUCAUGUAAGCCAUGUAAGAGCAAUGAGGAUACGGUGCUAGAGACAGAUCAACUUUCACCCGGACAGUCCUUUGUUUUCACUGGAAUAAACCAACCAAUAACUUUCCACGGUGCCACUGUAGUACAGUACAUUCCUCCUCCAAAUAGCGUUCAAGAUGCAAAUGCAUUGACUUCUCCCAUGCCCUCACCUGUCAUUGGUAAUAGCGGUUCUAGUAUUCCCAUUGUAAUGCCACCACCAGUACUUCCCCCUGAGUAUUACAGUAUUUAUACAAUGGACAAUCCAGCAUUUGUGGAAGAAAAUACAACCUUACAACUUUCAGACAACGGAAUUUACAGAUCUCCAUGCUCCAGGGGGCAGCAUGAACAGCUCCAGAGUGUAAAUACGCACCGCAGCCUGCCACCUUCAUAUGCAGAAAUAUUUCCUGAAUUAAACUAAUUCAUUCAGAAGUUACAGAAGUCCCACCUUUCGUUGUUAUGUGGAGAUUUAUGGAAGA